GUCUACUGUCACCGCUGACUGGGAAUUACUUGACCCUUUUUUAAUGAAAUAACUGAAAACGGUUAUAUUCAUCCAACAGAAAAUGUACAAUCUUCGUCCUUCAUUCAAGUUUGUCCGUGUAUAAAUGAUUUUCACGAUCCUGAUUUGGCAGCUUUAAUUGUCUGUUUACAGUAUUUCUCACAAAUGGAAGGACCUUUAUGGAAAGUAAUGAAAACAAAAGAAUGUUCUUGUGAUUUUAAUAUUUUUUUGAAUCCGAGCACAGGACUCUUAAAUUUACAGCUUUUUACAGCUACAAACAUAGUAGCUGCGUACAAGAAGACGAAGUCGAUAGUGGAGACGCAUAUUACGGAAGCCAAAUGGGACCAACAUCUUUACAACUCAGCUAAAUCGUUAGCUAUCUUAAAAUGUGUAAAUGAAGGAAAAUCCAUAACCGACAUAAUAUACAUAUCAUUCGAGCGCUACUGCAGAAACUUGCCGCCUGAUUAUAAUUCUCUUAUGGUGCGACGUAUUUCUGCCGUUACUAUGGACGAUAUGAGCCGCGUGGCAGCUUCGUAUGUUAAAUCGUUGUUUGAUCCGAAAAGCGUCAAAACUGCCAUCGUCUGUAAUAAGUCCAAAUUCGCCGAGAUAAUAAAGGCUUUUGAAGGGAUGAAAUANAAUCUUAAACAAGUUGAUUUUAAAGUACUGUGAACAAUUAUGCCAAAGAAGAACAAGACUGAUCUACUGGAUAUAACUUUUAAAACACAGUUGUAGAAAAGAUACUUUUCAUGUUUAUACAGAAUGUCCGAUAAUUACUUUAAAAUCUUUUGUAAACAGGUAGAAGAAGUGAAACUGAGUCNAAAAGUUUUGAACCAGUUUUUUCUAUUACAUAUAAAGUAAUUAUUGAAUAAAUCAACCCAGAUUUGGAGAG